AUGCUUCCAGCUGCCGAGGGAGGUCCGCCCGGACCAGCCUACAAGGAUAUUCUCCGUGCGCAUCAGGCUCAGUUGGACCAUACUCAGGAUCUUCUUCCUCUGUGUCGUCAGAUAGCUGACAGGUGCCUCGGAGCCAUUGCAGAGGGUUUCUUUCCUGAGGGGACUGCUCAUAGGCGUGUGCUGGAGGAUAUGAUCAGGAUGACAGAGAGUGCAUUUAUGUACCGUCGACAUCGAGGCAGGACCUGUGGGACACUUGAUGCCAGGGGUAGAGCCAGCAGAGCCCUUGGUGGACUCAGAGGCGGAGACGGAGCCGGAGGACAUGGCCAGGACGAGAUGAGAAAGUUUUUGGUUCCUAGAACAAAUAUUGAGAAUAUUAAUGUUGUACAACCGGAAGCCGAAGUAGAAGAAACACCACCUAAUGUGGCCAAUGAAUUUAAUUCAUAUGAGAUUAAGGAUGCAGCUUAUUGUUUUUAUUGCUUUCUCUUUAAGCCGCCCGGGAGGGCCGAACACUUUGGUUAUGAAAUCUUCAACAAAGACGAAUUUAAAGAUUGGAAGCAUACAUCUAAAGGCUUCAAAGAUCAUAUUGGUAGUCAUAAUAGUACGCAUAACUCAUGUAUGAAGCACUAUGACAAUUAUAAUAAUCAAAGACAAAGUGUGACAAGUAUCUUUGCUAGAGCAACUACGGAAUCAGAAGAAUUGUAUAAGAUCCGUUUGACUUGUUCUUUAGAUUGUACUAGAUAUCUCAUAGCACAAGGCAUCGCUUUCGGUGGCCAUGAUGAAAGCUCUACUUCUCUAAAUAAGGGAAAUUUUAGAGAGAUGGUGGAUUGGGUAAAAUCUAAUGAUGAAAAAGUGAGAGAUGCUUUUGACCGUGGUCCAAAAAAUUGCACAAUAACUUCCGGUGAAAUUCAAAAGGAGCUUGCAACGUGUUGUGCACAUGAAGUUACCAAGGUGAUUAUGAAAGAGCUUGGUGAAAGAAAAUUCUCUAUGCUUAUUGAUGAGUCGCGUGAUAUAUCUAUCAAAGAGCAAAUGGAGGUGAUGUUGAGGCUCUUGAACGACAAAGGGAAAGUUGUGGAACAAUUUAUUGCUCUAUAUCAUGUCAAAUAUACUACAUCUGAGGCACUAAAAGAUGCUAUUUAUGGUAUUCUUGAUCGUCACACGUUAUCUAUUUCAAGGAUACGAGGGCAAGGAUAUGAUGGGGCUUCAAAUAUGAGAGGUGAAUUUAAUGGUUUGCAAAGAAAGAUUCUAGAUGAAAUCCCUUAUGCUUUCUAUGUCCAUUGUUAUGCUCACCGUUUGCAAUUGGUGGUUGUGUCUGUUGCUAGUAGUUGCUCAUCUAUUCAUGAUUUCUUUGAGUACAUCUCAUUGAUUGUAACCACAACAAAUGCAUCUUGCAAGAUAAGGGAUGCUUUGACGGAGGCAGAACACCAAUAUAUUUUGAAUAGACUUAAGAGGUGA